GCUUCUUCCUGCUUGUCCAUUCUCACAACUCUACUCCACACUGCUACGCAAUGGCAUCACAACCGACUGCUAUCCUCUCCGUCUACAACAAGGCGGGGCUCCUCGACCUUGCUAAGGCGCUUCAUGCUCAGGGGGUAAAGCUACUCGGCUCGGGAGGGACGGCCAAGAUGGUCAGGGAGGCUGGCAUCGACAUUGGCGACGUCUCUGACAUCACCAAGGCACCGGAGAUGCUCGGCGGCCGUGUCAAGACUCUGCACCCCGCAGUACACGGCGGUAUCCUCGCCCAGACGAAGAAGGACAGCGACAAGCAGGACCUUGCUGCUCAGGGCUACAACCCCAUCGACAUCGUCGUCUGCAACCUUUAUCCCUUUGAGGAAACUGUCGGUCGCGAUCCUGCCCCGACACUUGCUCAGGCCGUAGAGGAAGUCGACAUUGGCGGCGUCACGCUUCUCCGUGCAGCGGCCAAGAACCACGAGCGCGUCUGGGUACUCUCGGACCCUGCAGACUACAAGACGUUCCUUGACGCCUGGUCCAAGGGCGGCGAAGCUGCUCAGACUCAUCGCAACCAGCUGGCCCUCAAGGCAUUCACGCACACCAGCAACUACGACACUGCCAUCUCCGACUACUUCCGCAAGCAGUACGCCUCCACGAGCGCUGGGACCUCGCUCGUCCAGCAGAUGCCCCUGCGCUACGGAGCUAAUCCUCACCAGAAGCCCGCUCAGGCAUUUGUGACCAAUGAUGAGAUGCCAGUGAAGGCCCUGUGCGGCUCUCCCGGAUACAUUAACUUCCUGGACUCGCUGAAUGCUUGGGCAUUGGUCAAGGAGCUCCAGGAGAGCACCGGCCUCGCCGCUGCCGCCUCCUUCAAGCACGUCUCCCCCGCCGGAGCAGCCGUCGCCGUACCCUUGACGACGGAGGAAGCUCGCGCCGCAUUCGUCGACGACCUGGGAAGCCUCACCCCCUUGGCAACAGCCUACGCCCGCGCCCGUGGAGCAGACCGUAUGUCUUCCUUCGGAGACAUCAUUGCGCUGUCUACGACUUGCGACGAACAGACGGCCCGCAUCAUCUCUCGCGAAGUUUCAGAUGGUGUCAUUGCACCUGGCUACGAGCCUGCUGCCCUCGAGGUCCUCUCCAAGAAGAAGGGUGGCAAGUACUGCGUGCUUCAGAUUGACCCCCACUACGAGCCCGACCUUAUCGAGACGCGUCACGUCUAUGGCAUCCAACUGCAACAGCGCCGCAAUGAUGCGAAGAUCACCAAGGACCUCUUCAAGAAUGUGGUAUCAAAGGAGAAGAGCAUCCCGGACUCCGCCCUUCUGGACCUCGUCGUCGCGACCCUUGCCCUCAAGUACACCCAAUCCAACUCCGUCUGCUACGCCCUUCACGGCCAAAUCGUAGGCUUGGGUGCGGGGCAGCAAUCCCGUAUCCACUGCACGCGUCUCGCCGGCGGUAAAGCCGACAACUGGUGGCUGCGCCAGCACCCGCGCGUGCUCGGCCUUCCCUUCAAGAAGGGCACCAAGCGCCCCGAGAAGUCAAACGCCAUCGACGUCUUUGUCGAGGGUAUCAUCGAUGCGCCCGCCCUCGUUGGUGGCGAGGAACGCGCUCAGUGGGAGGCCCUCUUCGACAACGUGCCUGCGCCGCUGAGCGCAGAGGAGCGCAAGGAAUGGGCGGACAAGUUUGAAGGAGUGUGCUGCGCGAGUGACGCUUUCUUCCCCUUCGAAGAUAAUGUUCAUCGUGCGGCGAGGUCCGGCGUGAAGUACAUCGCUGCGCCGGGCGGUAGUGUGAUGGAUGAGCAGUGCGUCAAGGCUGCGGAUGGACAUGGUAUCGUCGUCGCGAGGACGGAGCUGCGUCUCUUCCACCACUAGAAGGGCAUAGUAACAAAGCUGGGCAGAUUGGAUCAAAAUGGGGAAUAGAUAUGCGUCGCAACCAAGCAAUGCCAAGGAUCAUUUACGGUCGUGGGCGUGUGCGUGUGCGUGUGAGUGGAUGCAAUCGUGUAUCAGUUGCGGUAGAAAGAUACAAACGCCGGGCUCUUAUGAGCAUCGUAGCGUCAAUGGAUAGAAGUAC